AUGGAGAUAAACAAGGCAAGGACAGAUGAAAAAAACGUUGAAGUCAAAGUAGAAAGGGCGAGAGGCGCAGUACAGAUGGGUGUAGAUGAGAAGUUUUGUCCUUCGGUAAUUGAAUAUUUAAGUCUUAGGGGAGAAAGACAAACAGCAACAGUCAAAGAGACCCAUCAGAAGAAGCUAAUGAAAAUAUCAGGAAGGCAAGACCGACCUCUAGAGAAGCAAGGUGAGGGUUCGGCAAGAGCUUUUGAUGAUGUUGAAUUACCAAAUUGGGUACAACAAGUGUUGGCAUUAGGGCCAAAGCAUCCCGUCAGGGAUAAAUUUAUUGAGACACACUUUCUCGCCGACAUUGACAUCUUUCUAUCGGAUCUCAAAAAUCGUAAAGUCCCCGGGGAGGCCCUUUGUGAGAUCCAAGCUGUGGCCAAAGCCUAUGCUAAGAGGGUGAAACAAACACCAUCUGACAAAGGCGUUGAGAAGGCCCGAAAGUAUCUGAAGAGUAAUGGAUUAGUUUCAGUACCGUAUGACAAAGGCGUGGGUUUUUGUGUAAUGAGAAAGGACACCUACGAGAACAAGUUGUCGGAUACAUUAGAUUCAAAUCAAUUCAGCAGAAGUAAAGGAACAAGUGAUGCGGUUGUUUUGAAGAUAGAAAGAGACAUCAAUAAGGAGUUGUUGGCUAUGAGGAAAAAAGAUGAAAUAAGUGAGAGUCUCUACACAAGGAUGAGGUCUACUGGUGGGCAUCCCGCCAUGCUUUAUGGAAUCGCGAAAGUGCAUAAAGUGAAUACCCCAUUAAGACCGGUCCUCUCCUUGCCUGGUAGCUCUUAUUAUAACUUGAACAAAGUUCUUGCUAAAUUUUUUGAGAAAAUUGAGGGCGCAAACAUCGAAACCAACUCACUAGAUGCGAGAGAAAACUUAGAGAGCACUAAUCUUGAGCCCAAUGAAAACUUGAUAUCUCUCGAUGUGAAGAGUUUGUACACAAAUGUUCCACUGAAAGAAGCGAUAGACAUGGCUCUGAGAAAACUGUAUGAGCAAGAUGAACCACCAUCAAUUGCUAGGAAAACCAUGAAGAGAUUGUUGAACAUGAAAGAUGGUUUGGCAAUGGGGGCAUCUCUUGCCGUUAUUUUAGCAAAUCUUUGGCUGAAGCAGUACGAAACUGCAUUAUCAAGGGAUAUUCCCGAAAUGUUUUUGCCCGUGAAAGAUCUUCACGGAAUAUGUCCCGAGUGCAAUAAGAAAGUCACGUACAGGUCAAAAGGUGUAGAAUGUGAAUGCUGA